AGCAACCGGGCUAUAGGACGCGGAGGGGCCUCCAGCCUGCUAAAUCAAACACUGGGGCUCUUCCUUCACCUACCCUGCGGGUUUCCUGCGCCAUGUCGGUACGGACUUUGCCGCUGCUCUUUUUGAACUUGGGCGGGGAGAUGCUUUACGUCCUAGACCAGCGACUGAGGGCCCAGAACAUCCCCGGAGACAAGGCCCGCAAAGAUGAAUGGACAGAGGUGGACAGAAAACGAGUUCUGAAUGACAUCAUCUCAACCAUGUUCAACAGAAAGUUUAUGGAGGAGCUGUUCAAACCCCAGGAUCUGUACUCUAAGAAGGCCCUGAGGACUGUGUAUGACCGCCUGGCUCAUGCCUCCAUUAUGCGACUGAACCAAGCCAGCAUGGAUAAGCUCUAUGACCUGAUGACCAUGGCUUUCAAAUACCAAGUGCUGCUGUGUCCACGCCCCAAGGAUGUACUGCUGGUCACUUUCAACCAUUUAGACUCCAUCAAGGGAUUCAUCCAGGACUCCCCAACCAUCCUGCAUCAAGUGGAUGAGACCUCCCGGCAGCUGACAGAAAUAUAUGGGAAUCUCUCUGCUGGGGAGUUCCAGAUGAUCCGGCAGACACUGCUCACCUUCUUCCAAGACCUGCACAUCCGAGUAUCCACAUUUCUAAAGGACAAAGUUCAAAAUUCUAAUGGUCGCUUUGUGUUGCCAGUGUCCGGGCCUGUUCCCUGGGGAACUGAGGUUCCCGGAGUCAUCAGAUUGUUCAAUGACAAGGGCGAAGAAGUAAAGAAGACAGAAUUCAAGCAUGGUGGAAACUAUGUGGCUGCGCAGAAGGAAGGUUCUUUUGAGCUUUAUGGAGACAGAGUCUUGAAACUGGGAACUAACAUGUACAGCGUGAAUCGGCCUGUGGAAACCCACAUGUCUACAACAUCAAAGAACUUAGCCUCACGGACACAGGAAAACAUUGCUCCAAACCCUCUUGCCAAAGAAGAGCUGAAUUUCUUGGCCAGGCUAAUGGGAGGGAUGGAGAUCAAGAAAAUGAGUGGCCCUGAACCAGGAUUCCGGUUGAAUCUAUUUACGACCGAUGAAGAGGAAGAACAUGCAGCCCUGUCCAGGCCCGAGGAGUUGUCCUAUGAAGUCAUCAACAUACAGGCUACACAGGACCAGCAACGGAAUGAGGAGUUGGCCCGGAUCAUGGGGGAGUUUGAGAUCACAGAGCAGCCUGAGAUCACAGAGCAGAGCACAAGCAAGGGAGAUGACUUGCUCGCCAUGAUGGACAGGUUAUAGAAGAACUGAUAGGCACCCCCUGCCCUCCCUCAAGAGGCUGCCUGAUGACCACCCUGGGGACAUAUGGCCUGGGAUCCAGUGCACUCCUACAGGUUUCUCCCACUGAGAUCAGCAUCUCUGAGAGAGCACCUCUUCUGACGCCACACAUACAUGUAUAUUUUCAGAAAAAUAUAUUCUGGCUCUUAACCCA